GAGUCUGCCCGCAGCAGCAGCAGCUCCCAGCUCCCCUGCUCAUUCCAGUGAUUGUCUGCCAGUGAGUUCCCAGGAGCCUCGUGCUGGUGGCGAGAGCCAUGUUCUCAAAGGUGACUCUGCUUCUGGGGCUUCUGGUGCUGCGGACACAAGUCUGGGCCAUUCCUUCUGGGUUUACGGACAUCAGUAAGAACUUGAAUGGAUUUAUGAUGUCGGUGGAGUUUGCUGUAUUUCAGUACAAUGAGGACAUCGAGGACGAGUACGCCUUCAAGUUGCUGCGCAUCCGACGGAGCCAGCACAAGAGGCACACUUGGUUAUACUUAAUGGACUUGGAGAUGGGCCGCACAAUUUGUAAAAAACACGACGAAGACCUGGAGAAUUGCCCCUUGCAAGAAGGUCAAGGAGAGAAAAAGGUCAGCUGCACCUUCAUCGUGAGCACCAUACCUUUCUAUACCCAGUUUACCCUCCUAAACAGCACCUGCGUGGAUUAGUAGUGGGAAACGAGCCCCUGGCUUUUCCCAAUGGAGUCCACUUUUCUUCUCAAGAUCAGGGGUCAGUUCUGUGAAGGCACCAGUCAAAUUAAAGAUAUUUCAGCAUGUU